CUGUAGUGCUGGGGGUCCGGAUAGGGCUGGGGAUCCUGGAAGUGCUGAGGGUCCUGCAAGGGUUGGGGUCCUGGGAAGGCUGAGGGCCCUGGAAAGGCUGGGAGGGCUGGGGGUCCACGGAAGGUUGGGGGUCCUGGGAGGGCUGGGACCCUCUGGACCACAUCUCCCAGGCUGGGGAGCUCACGGCAGGGUGGACUGUGGUGGGCAUGGGCUGGAGCCCCUGAACAGGGAAGUCUGGCCUCUCCCAGCCUGCAGGAGGAGGGAAACCGAGGCAGGAGAUGCAAUUCCCGCCCCAUGGAUGCCCUUGUUCCCCUCCCGGGGUCCGAGCAGGGUGGCUCGGCAGGCGCGGGGCUCUGCCGGCCCAUAAGGGCUCCUUUGUGCCACGGGCGCCGCGGCAGCGCCUCUGCUGAGUCAGGGAUUUCUCCGGGCACCGCCGGGGGAGCCCCGUGACCACCGGAGGGGGACCCGGCCAGGGGAGGGGGUGGCGGCGGAGCGGAGAGGCGACAGCUCUGUGGAAAGGCGGCGACAGCCGGCGUUACUGCGUGGCCGAGGGACAGAGGGGACACGGCAGCUGAGCAGGACCCGGUGAGUGCCUUCGCUUUCCCGGGGGGCAAUGCAUCAGCCAAAGCUCCUGAUGAAACCACAGCUGCCAUGGGCUCCCGGCACUUCCCGGCCCGGACCGUGCUCUUCGAGAAGGAAUCCAGCGGUGUCACGUACCGUGUGCCCGCCCUGCUCUACCUGCCCUGCGUGGCCAAGCUGCUGGCCUUCGCCGAGGAGCGCCUCAGCGCCGACGAUGCCCACGCCAACCUGCUGGUGCUGCGGCGGGGCUCCAUCUACGGCAGCUACGUGGAGUGGGAAGACAUGCGUGUGCUGGAGACAGCAACCCUGCAGCACCAUCGCUCAAUGAACCCCUGCCCACUCUACGAUGAGUUCACGGGCACCCUCUUCCUCUUCUUCAUCACGGUGCUGGGCAGGACGCCCGAAGCCUACCAGAUUGUCACUGGCCAGAAUGUCACCCGCCUCUGCUGUGUCACCAGCGCCGACCAGGGCCUGAGCUGGAGCACAGCCACUGACCUGACGCAGCAGGUCAUUGGUGCCACCAUCAAAGACUGGGCAACGUUCGCGCUGGGCCCCGGGCACGGGAUCCAGCUGCGCUCCGGCCGGCUGCUGGUGCCCGCCUACAGCUACCACAUCGACUGCAAGGAGUGCUUUGGGCAGCUCUGCAAGACCACCCCGCACUCCUUCGCCUUCUACAGCGACGACCACGGCCGCGGCUGGCGCUUCGGGGAGUUCAUCCCCAACCUGCAGACGGGCGAGUGCCAGCUGGUGUCCGUGGACGAGGAGGACGGCUCCAACGUCCUCUACUGCAACGCCCGCAGCCCCCUGGGCUUCAGGGUGCAGGCGCUGAGCACGGAUGACGGGGCCGUGUUCCACGGGGGGCAGCUGGUGCAGCGGCUGGUGGAGCCGCCCCACGGCUGCCAUGGCAGCGUCAUUGGCUUCCCCGCGCCGCUUGUGUACGUCCCCACGGCCACCCGGGACACCGCGGUGCCCCCCCGGGGCUCGGGGCGCCGGCUGCUCCCUGGGGUGCCCCGGGGGUCCGGGCACCUGCCCACACAACAGACAGGAGGUGCUGAGCUGCCCUCUGGCAACCACCAUGAGCCAGACGAGGAUCAUCCUACCCCAGGGCAUCACGAUGACACCCACAGCGUCACCUUGAUCCCAGGGGACUCUGCAGCAACCCCCAGCCCCACUCCCUUCUUCCAAGCACCCACAUGGAUCCUCUACUCCCACCCCACCAGCCCCAUGUCGCGGGUCAACAUGGGGGUCCACCUGAGCACCUUCCCCAGGGACGCAGAGAGCUGGACAGAGCCCUGGGUCAUCUACGAGGGCCCGAGCGCUUACUCGGACCUGGCCUACCUGGAGCUGCCCUUCCGGGACGCGCCGGUGGCCGGCGGCACGGCCGUGGCCUUCGCCUGCCUCUAUGAGAACGGGAUGAGGUCUCCCUACGAGCAAAUCUCCUUCAGCAUGUUCACGCUGCACGACGUGCUCCAGAACAUCCCCCUGACGGCCGCCGCACCCCGGAGCAGCCCCAAGCGCCGCGGGGCCAAGAGGAGGAGGAGGAGCUGCUUCAUCUCCUAGAGCCCACCCAGUGCUGCAUCCUGGAGCAUCAGCCCAUGGGCUGGCUCCUGCCACAGAGGUGUGUUACUGCCCCCACACUGGGGUUUAUCUCAUUUUUAUUGCUGUUUUUUAAAUUCUGUUUCGGUUGGGUGGGGAGGCUUUCGCCUCCAACCCAGCCCCAGGCUCCUCUCCAAGCAAGAGGCACCUUUGGAAACAGAUAUUGGGGGGCAACAGCAGCAGAAAGCUCCCCUCCCCAGCUCUGGCUGGGGAUGGAACCAUUGCUGGGCUGGGCAGAAGUGGGCAGGGAGAGGCAGUGACUGCAGAGCCCUUCCCAGCACUCACUGGAGCCCUGUCCCCUGGGGAGGUGGCACUCUGCCAUGGGGGAGGCAGCCAGGGGUGCCUUGUGCCAUCCCUGUGUGCCAGGUGUGCUCAGGGGGAUGUGGGGCUCCAGCUGUGCCAUACCUGGUACCACCAGGGCUUUCCUCCCCUCAUUAUAAAUAUUUAUGCUGUAUAAAUACAGUAUAUAAUGUUAAAUUCUUUCUUUUUCAUGAAAAGACUUUUUCUCAAUGGUCUCUCUGAAGUCACUCUGAGGGUUUGGGCUGGGGUAGAGUUCUGUUCCUUCAUUGUAGCUGGGAUGGGGCUGGGUUUUAUAUUUGGGCUGAUGAUAAAGGAAUGUUUGUGUUCCAUUACAUGUCUGUCUGGGCUUUUAGUUCUCUCUCUUCGUUGUUUUCCUUCACAUUACAAUUUAUUAUU